ACGAGCAACGGUCGGAUCAACUUCGAGGAAGAGACAACGAUCGCGCGUUCGCUAAUAUUCAGCUACAAACUAACAUAUUUAUAUCACUUUGAGCUAUAUUCGUGAGUAAUCGUCUCGUUAUACGUUUUUAAGAGGGACUAUUUUGUUCUAACGUUGGCUUUAUAGCGUUUACGUCGACGUUAUCGGAACAAAGGCUUCAAUCUAAAGUCGGCCUGCUUGUGGCAGAAAAUACAACAAUGACCAAAGGAGAAGACUCUCACUCGGAGAUUGCCCACGUUCGUCAGAGUGACGGCAUCAAUGUCAUCUUUGACCAGAAAAGCCCCGCUGGCUCCCGUUCACGGUCCAAAAGCAGCGGCGGCAGCGGACGCUGCUCUGGCCGCCACAGGGGGCGCAACGGCCACAAGGGAGGUCACCGGUCUCAUUCGUCUUCGUCCAGAAGCCGGUCCUCCUCUCGCCGCCGGUCCCGCUCUCACCCGCGCUGCCACAGACCUUCCUCCCGCUGUCGCUGUGAUAACCAUCGCAGGCACGGCCGUGGCUGCGGAUCCCCACCGCGGCGCCACAGGGCCCAUCACGGCUCACCCUCAGCCUCCAGGCACCGACGCAACAGGUCCCGCUCCAAGCCAUCCAGCCGGAGGAGCCGGCACAGGACUGCCGUGAGCAGGUUUUCCCAGUCCCCGCCCAGGAACCACAGAAGCAGCUCAGGGUCCGGAUCGUCAGAGCAUUCUGUCAACUUGAGUUGUGAUGAUAAAGGAAAACACAUCAAGGCUGCGAAGGCCAAUGCUACCACCACCGUCGUAGUAGUGGAGAAGCUCGAACUUCCUGAGAUUGUGAAACCAAUCCUGUCUGAGCCGGCGGAGGAGUCCAAACAGGUUUUGCCAGAGACAAGAUGGGUGAGACAAGACCCUGAAAAGACUCUGUCAGAGAGCGAUGAGGAGUCUGAUGAUAUGUUCAGCCCAAGGACGUCCCCAAAAAGGAAAACCAUCUCUUUCAGCAUUAAUAACUCCAUGGUAAAACCAACAGCGGCAGCUCCAUCCGGUGCUAAGGUAACUUCCAGAAUGGACAGCUAUGAAAGCAGGAAGCCGUAUGGCCACUGGAAGCCAGUCAAAUCAGGCCACGCCUCCAGGGCACGCAAACACGCGCUCGCCGGGUCACCCUAGUGUGGCAGAGUACAUGGACGCUGUGAAUACUAUAAAUACUUUGUACAUAUGUUUGACCAUUUCAUGGCAGGAGCUUUAUUGCAGAUGAAAAAGUUAUGUGAGAAGAUGUGAAGAAUUCGAUCAGGUGGGAUUAUUUGGUUUGUUUUUCCCUUUUGUUGUAUAUUGUGCUUCAAUAAAGAUAUUUAUUUGAUAAAAA